AUGGGGAAGGCGGCUUUAAACGAAGCUGCUAGGAUGGUGGAAGUGGAAUGGUCUGACGGGGGUGUCAGCCGGUUUCCGUACGUCUGGCUGAGGGACAAUUGUCAGUGUCCACAGUGUUUUAACCCUGAUUCCCUCUCACGGCGUGUUCUGAUGAACGAUCUGGAUGUGAACGUUUCCCCAGUCAGGGUAGAAUUACAAGCGAAGGGGAGUUUGCUGUCAGUAGAAUGGCCGCAGGGACACGAGAGUCAGUACGACUGUCAUUGGCUGAGAGAACGCUGUUUCUCACCACAGGCUCUGUCAGAGAGGGAAAGAGACUGGCAGAAAAGGACACAGUUAUGGGGGGCAGAACUAGCACACAACCUGCCCAAAGCUGAUUUUCCCGCCAUACUGACAGACGACCGCGCAUUGCACGACUUUUUGGUCGUCCUGGAUUCUGUCGGCCUCGUUCUUGUGCAAAACGUCCCCUGUGACGUAGGGCAGGUGGAACGACUGGCCAAUCGGGUGGCGUUUCUCAAACCCACGUCCUACGGGUUGGAAUUCGAGGUGGUAAAGAAACCAAAACCUAAUGACUUGGCGUACACCACCGUUAAAAUUGGACUACAUACGGACCUAAACUACUACAGCUAUAGACCAGGGGUCCAAAUGCUCCAUUGUAUCGAGCAAACCAGGGGGGAGGGGGGCGACAACAGCCUGACUGACGGUAUCAACGCCGCUUAUCAACUUAAGAAGGAGAACCCGGACGCCUUCCGACUUCUCACCACGCUCAAGGUCAACUUUUAUUGCACAGGAGUGGACCUCUACAAGUUCUUUUUCAGGCAACGACGAAACGUGAUCAGCCUAAAUGACCAAGGCGAGGUCCAGUCCGUCAGCUUCAGUGACCAGGCCCGGGACUCCAUCUUGGAUCUGCCUGCCGACCAAGUCCAGCCUUUCUAUGACGCCCUGAAGGCCUUUGACACCAUCAUGUACCUACCUAGGAACUGCCUACGUUUCAAAAUGGCGGCAGGUGAAAUGAUUGCUUUCGACAACACCCGGAGCCUACACGGCCGUUCUGCCUACAGUCUGGUGGACAGCACACGUCAUCUACAGGGCGGCUACUUUGACUGGGACGAGAUCUACUCGCGCAUGCGCGUUCUCAAGGUCGACCUUGGGAUCAAAGACAAGGUCACCUGAAAAAUAUCCUGAAUUUUCUAAGUGUCAUUAUGUAUA